AUGGCUAAUUAUUGUAGAUUGUGUUUAAAAGAGUCUGAUACAAUUUCCAUUUAUACUUACAAGAAUAGUUAUUCAGUUGCUUACUGGAUCACUGCUAUUAUUCCUGAAUUGAUUUUUGGGAAUAAUGAUCCUUUGUCAAAAGAAAUCUGUUUAGAAUGUUUGGACAUAAUAAUGAAAGCGAAUGAAUUGAAAAAUCAAAGUAUUGCAAAUGAUGCUCAAAUGAGAGAAAAAUAUGAGAAAGUUGCUUGGGAAUCUGAGUGGAUUGAAAUGUGUAACAUUAAAAAGGAAGAGGAUAUUUCAGAUUUUCCACCAUCCCUAAAAUCUGAAAAUAGUGUAUGUUUUGAAGCAACGGUUAGACUUGAAAAAUUAAAUGUCAAAAAUGUUCCAAAAAAACGAAUGGAAUUUCGUGCUCGCUGCAAAUCCGGCAAAGAAUCUUCUACAAACGGAAAACGGAUAAGAACUUACAAGAGAAAAGAAUUUAUUAUCGAUAGAAGAGCACCAAGAGCUCCAAUCAUUAAAGAUUUAAGUAAGAUAAAAGAUAAAUCUUUAAAGAAACGUGCUGUAAGAUAUGCAGAAUGUAAUAAAUGUGAAGAAAAGUUUGAUUCGUGGGAAGAGCUUGAUUUACACAGUUUUAUACAUUGUGAUUAUGUUGAAGAAUAUCAAGAACCAGGUGCUCGAAUUUGGAAAUGUUGUUUAUGCGUUUUUAAGACAAUAUCAGGACAGGAAGAUCUUCAUGAACAUCUUUACAUUCAUAAGAAAGAGUUUGAAAGUGACGACAUUGUGAUUUGUAAUCGAUGUUCAUAUAUUUUCAAAGAUUUUGAUGACAGUAUAAGUCACAUAGAUGGGCAUAACAUGCCAAUUACACAUCGUUGUCUGAAAUGCAUGAAAAUGUUUCCUUUUGGUAAAAAGUUACUUCGUCACUUACAACGUUAUUCAUUUUAUCGUUAUUGUGACUAUUGUGGAUAUUCUGCAAUGGACAAAACAGAACUUCAAGAUCAUAUACUAGCCGUUCAUUUUCAUAAAUAUUCAUAUUUAUGUCAAUUAUGUGGAUUUGAAGCAUCAACAAAUCAAUCACUUGGUUGUCACAUGAGAUCAAAGCACACAGAAAAGAAAUUUAAAUGCGCGAUUUGCCCAAGAGCUUUUGUCAACUCAACUUCAUAUCGUAUUCACCAAAGUUCUCACAACAAUAAAUACAAUUAUGAAUGUUUAACUUGUUAUAGAAAAUUUAAAACAUCAUCAUCUCUUGUUCGUCAUAAUCGUCUUCAUAAGCCUGAGAAAUUAGAAGAAAUUAAAAAGAAAUACGGUUGCGAAUAUUGUGGAAAACAGUUCCUUGGUAGUUACGCAUUGAAUCGUCACAUUUAUACACAUACAGGAGUAAAACCCUUUGUUUGUAGUUUUGAUGGAUGCGGAAAAGCAUUUCCAGAGAAAUACAAAUUGGAAAUGCAUAUUAAAGCACAUAAUGGUGAACUUUUGUACAGAUGUCGAUUUGAGGGAUGUCAAGAAGUUUUUAAGUCAAGAUCGCAAUACAAAGUCCAUAAAGAAACUCACCCAACUCAAGAUAUCAUCAUAGAAACUUUUGAAUUAAUCUAA